CUUGCGGCGUUGCCUUUUCCGAAGGAAUAAUGAUCUCGAGCGAUUCGAACGGUCAAAAGGCGACCAUUCCGUUGCUCAUCAAUAAUGAAUCAGUCGUCACAGAUACGAUCUUUGAGGUGCGCAAUCCGGCAACUGGCAAGGUAAUUGACUACUGCGCCGGAGCAUCGGUUGAAGAUGCCACCCGCGCCGUGGCAGCUGCAAAGGCUGCGUUCCCGGCCUGGAGCCAAACGAAUCCCUAUGUGCGCCGAGACAUCCUGAGCCGGGCGGCCGAGAUCAUGUUUCUGCGGAAAGAGGAGUUGAUUCGGUAUCAGAUGGAGGAGACGGGCGCCGGGCGACUGUUUGUGGAAAAGACCUUCAUGUUCGGAGUGGAGUUCUUGCGAGAUUUUGCGGCGAUGAUUCCCUCGAUUGAGGGCAAGGUGCCGACGGUGAACCAAGAUGGAGAGGGGGCAAUGGUGGUGAAGCAGCCGUAUGGUGUUAUUCUCGGGAUCGCGCCUUGGAACGCCCCUUAUAUUCUUGGAACGCGAGCCGUGGCUCUUCCCCUGGCCGCUGGGAAUACGGCGAUCCUGAAAGGGUCUGAACUGUCUCCGAAAUGCUUCUGGGCUCUGGGGGAUAUUUACCGAGAAGCCGGUCUCCCCGCCGGAUGCCUAAAUAUCCUCUAUCACCAGACCUCGGACGCGCCGGCGGUGACCAAUGCCCUGAUUGCCCACGCGGCCGUCCGCAAGAUUAGUUUCACAGGCAGCACGCACGUUGGCUCGAUUGUCGCCGCGACGGCUGGCAAAUAUGUCAAGCCCGUUCUGCUGGAGCUCGGUGGCAAGGCGGCUGCCAUCAUUUUGGACGAUGCAAAUUUGGCGAAGGCGGCGAUGUGCUGUGCGCUGGGGGCUUUCAUGCACUCGGGUCAAAUCUGCAUGUCAACAGAGCGGAUCGUGGUGCAGCGUGCGGUUGCAGAAAAGUUCCAGCGUUUGCUGGUCGAGGCGACGGAGAAGGUCUUUGGCCACAAUGCGCCGGCACCUGUCCUGGUGGCUUCUGCGGCCGUCCAGAAGAACCGGGAUUUAGUGGCGGAUGCGGUGGACAAAGGGGGUCGCAUCUUGUUCGGCAGCCCCAACGCGGUGGAAACAUGCGAAAACAGUCUGCGACCGGUUGUGAUGGGGGGGGUCACCAAAGCGAUGCGCAUUUACUCUACCGAGUCGUUUGGGCCAACUGUGUCCUUUCUGGUUGUGGACACCGAGGACGAAGCCAUCGAGGUGGCCAACGAUACAGAAUACGGUCUUUCGGCGGCGGUUUUCACCAACAACCUGUUCCGUGGUCUGCGGGUCGCAAAGCAGAUUGAGUCCGGCGCUGUUCACAUCAACUCCCUGACGGUACAUGAUGAACCUACUCUUCCGCACGGGGGAUGGAAGAAUAGCGGGUUCGGUCGGUUCGGUGGCACCGCUGGGUAUGAUGAAUGGUUACAAACCAAGACCAUUACUUGGGUGGAAUAA